AUGGCUCCGGAAGUUCUCCUCGCCUAUGAGAUCAAUGGACAGACGUUGCCACCGCAACAUGGAUUCCCGCUACGAUUAAUCGUUCCCGGUUGGCUUGGCAUGACCAAUGUGAAAUGGUUGUCGUCGAUCGAGGUGAUUCCCACAAAGUUCACUGGACUGCAAAUGAAAUGGUAUAGCCUUGCCGCCAACGACGACGAUCCAAAUCGCAUUCCUCUGACCCAUAUGAAGGUUCGUUCGCUCAUGAUCCCACCAGGAGUACCCGACUUCUUUACCAGAUAUCGGUGGCUCGAAGAAACAUCUACAGUCGAACUACGAGGCCGAGCCUGGGCCGGUGGCACUACCAU